AUGUGGUCAAUAUGGGAUUCUGAUUUUGAAUGAUUCCAGUCCAGAGAUCAUGAGUAAAAUUCCCUUUGUAAAAGUGUCAUUGAAGAGUGUCCUUAAGGUGGAGAUGGAGGACAGUAUGAUCAUUUGCUGUUUCGCAGUUAAUAGUGCUGGAAAUGACUCCCGUCCCCUUACAUUUUAUGUUGAUAAGGUUACUGGAAAUAAAAAUGAAACCCCCAAACUACUUAUUGCAGUCUUUGGAGGGGCGAUGGGUUUUCUUCUUCUGUGUAUCGUCUUCUUAAUCUAUAAAUAUAAGCAGAAACCAAAAUAUCAAGUCCACUGGAAGAUUAUUGAAGCCUGUGAAGGAAACAAUUACAUCUUUAUUGACCCCACCCAGCUUCCUUACAAUGAGAAAUGGGAAUUUCCUAGAAACAAUCUGCAAUUUGGAAAAGUCCUUGGAGCUGGAGCUUUUGGGAAGGUGAUUGAAGCUACAGCUUUUGGGCUGGGAAAGGAGGAUUCUGUCUUGAAAGUGGCAGUGAAAAUGCUGAAAUCAACUGCGCAUACAGAUGAGCAAGAAGCUCUUAUGUCUGAGCUGAAAAUCAUGAGCCAUUUGGGUCACCAUGAGAAUAUUGUCAAUCUUCUAGGAGCAUGUACUCAUGGAGGCCCUGUCCUUGUAAUUACUGAGUUCUGUCCAUUUGGGGACUUGCUGAAUUUCCUGAGAGAAAAAGCUGAGCAUCUCAUAAUCGAGGGUCUAAACUUGGAAUCCACUCUUGAUAGCAUGAUGGCCGAUUACAAAAACAUCUACCUUGGAAAAAAGUAUGUCCAAAGAAGCGAUAGUGGAUUUGGAUGCCAAAGUGUUGACAGUUACUUGGAAAUGAAAUCGGUCACCACAUCAGUGCCUAUGCCAGCACAAGGAAAAAGUUUGGUACCAGCUGAAGGAAAAGAAGACCCACGUUCUCUUGAUCUCUUUGACUUGCUGCAGUUCUCCAACCAAGUAGCUCAGGGAAUGACUUUCCUGGCUUCCAAAAAUUGCAUCCAUCGAGAUUUGGCAGCACGGAAUGUGCUAGUGGCUGAUGGACUAGUGGCCAAGAUCUGUGACUUCGGCCUGGCCAGAGAUAUUGUGAACGACAGCAAUUAUGUUGUCAAAGGCAAUGCUCGCCUCCCAGUGAAAUGGAUGGCACCGGAGAGCAUCUUUGAAUGUGUCUACACAGGACAGAGCGAUGUGUGGUCUUAUGGCAUCCUUCUCUGGGAGAUAUUCUCCCUAGGAAGAAGUCCCUAUCCUGGCAUGAAAGUGAAUAACAAGUUUUAUAGCCUUGUGAAACAAGGAUAUCAUAUGGGGAAGCCAGAUUUUGCUCCAGAUGAUAUGUACAAUAUAAUGAUGGCAUGCUGGAAAUUGGAGCCCACUCAGCGGCCUACUUUCAGUCAGAUCUGCACCUUAAUUCAGAAACAGCUGGAUGCCAUUAAGGAACAGGAUUAUACAAACUUACCCUGCCCCAGAGAGGAAGAAGACAGUGGAUGUGAGCCCGCCAGCUACUUUGAAGAAUCCUGUGAGUCGGGAGAAGUGGAGCAACCCCUCCUGAACAGCAACAAUUAUCAGUUUUGUUAGGGUGUGUUCUGGACCUUCUCUGGAUGAUGAAAUACCAUCUGAGAUUGGACUUGGAUUUCAUGCAACCGCAUCCCUUUUUGAGGCUUUCGCAUCAGAAAACAAGACAGCCAUACGUAAGUCACAGACUGGGGCCAUGCCUUGCAAUGAUAGCAAAUUUCUAAAUUCUCCAUUCUGCCUGAUUGUAACUACUGGCAGUAGGGCUUUAUCGCUCUUGAUAGCUCAAGGGAGGCUAUAUUGGACACUGGAGAAUCGGUGCAUCAAAUUU